ACCACGCGUUACCAUCCACCUCCCCUCAGAGCAUGCACGCACUUGCCGUGAACAUUCUGCUCACUCACUCAGUCGACCCGAUUUGAUCGACACUGCGACGUCAUGGAGCCAACACGUUCAUCGCGAACCGUACAGCCAACGCGUUCGUCUCGACUCAUGUGGCAACUAAGAGUAAGUUCGCUCGACCCUCCAGGUACACGCCGCGGGCUCCCUGUACCAUUCGCUUUCAGCGAGCGUAGGCCGGAGUCUGGCAAGGUUCUCGACGCUGCGCCUCAUAUGGAGCCUUUCAACACCCUUCCCCGAAUUCUCAUUCCGAGUACUCGGUAUGCGUGGAAACCACCUUGCCUACACUAUGCCUGGUUGGCUCCCGAGGCGAUGCUGCUCGACUACGCAAAGAAGAACAAACUCAACAGGCGACUUGGUCGCAAGUUGAACGUACCUGGAACCAUGCGCGCUGCGUUACUUGCGAUGAUUAUUCGCGAGGGCGUAGCAGACAUCAGUCAGGACUACCUCCGCAUCCAGACAUCGCCCGUCGGGAUGAAGGAGGAGGCUACGCUGCUGGUAGCAGUAUACACGAACUUCGAUCUCAAGCGCGCAGACCUCCCGUCCGAUCACACAAUCGAGAAGAUUCGGCAACGCUUGGGUAUGGAGGGACCACCAAGGUGGUAUUUGGAUAGCACGUACUGGUAUUGGGAGCCACUGUCGCGGUGAUCGUGUCAAGUCGGGUGUGUAUCCUGGCUGUUCGUUUUCACUACGGUUCAUUGGGCUCCAUGUCGCACCUCGAGGCUUCCGAAGCCUCUCCCUUCGGACACGGAUGUAUUGCUAUUGGUCUGGUCGCUAGUCGUGCACGACAUGACGAGCAUGUACAACAUUACUAGACUGUAUCUGAUUCUGGCCACACACUAAUAUAGUGGGAAUUCUUCGCUGACGGA